GGAAAAAGAUGUUCAUUAUCAAGGAGAAAAAGAUUAUUAUGGAUUUACCAACUUUUCUUCUCAUAAGAUAACUACGAGGGGGCUGCCACGCCUGUUAAUUGGCGAUGGGAAAGUAGAUCAAAAAGGGAACGUAAAUGAAGAACUGAUUAAAGAAGUUUAUAACCAGCCUGAUCCGAUGGAAGCCAAAAAUUUCGCAGGAAGCAAAAAUGUAGUUAGAGAAAAAUUUAACCAAAAUAAAGUCCUAAAAGAUUUAUUGGUAAACACCGGGAGUAAAAAGUUAGUGGAGAACUCUGGCAAAUCUGACGAUAG